GUCACUUCACAUUCGUUUGGAAACGUAACCGUCCAUUUCAUUUCAUAUUGAAUUAUUGUAAUCUAAUAUUUUUUUUAUAAUUAGAAGAUAUCGAUUCUAACUUAAUCAGAUUAUUAUAACAACUAAUAUUUUUAUGAAAGUCUUUAAGUAUACAUGAUAUAAAGUACUGGAUACCAAAUAGCUAGGAAGAAAUCUUAUUUUAAUUAUUUCAUUGAGUUUAAUUCUCAUAUAAUUUUAAACAUGGUUACUUGGGUACCUUUAGAAUCAAACCCUGAAGUUAUGAACAAGGUAUGGUAUUCAUUCAAUUUUAAACAAUAUGAAAUGAUAAAGUUCUAUUUUUUGUAUCAAUUGGGAGUUCCUGAAGAUUGGGGAAUGUUUGACAUUUAUGGUUUUGGUGCAGAAGAAUUAGCAAUGGUACCUAAACCUGUCAUAUCCGUUAUUAUGUUAUUCCCAUUUAAUGAUGCUUAUGAAAAUCGAAGGCUUGAAGAAGAAUCAUUUAUAGAAAAAAAAGGUCAAAAUGUAUCUGAAAAUAUUUACUAUCUAAAACAAUAUAUUCAUAAUGCUUGUGGUACAAUUGCUUUAAUCCAUAGUGUAGCCAAUAAUAGAGACAAAAUUCAGCUUAAAGAUGGAAUAUUGAAACAGUUUUUGGAUAAUGGAAAAGAUAUGUCACCUUCUAGUCGUGGUGAAUUAUUAUUAAAGGCAGAAGAUUUCAGCAAUGCUCAUAAAGAAAGUGCUUUUGAUGGUCAGACUGCAGCACCAGAUCCAGCUGAUGCAGUUCCUUAUCACUUUGUAUCGUUUGUAUGUAAGGAUGGUUAUCUUUAUGAAUUAGAUGGAAGAAAAUUUGAGCCUAUCAAUCAUGGACCUAGUACUCCAAAAACAUUACUUGAAGAUACUGUAAAUGUUGUUCAAGAAAAAUUUGUUGCUCCAGAAUCUGGGAACAUUCAUUUCACAUUAUUAGCAUUAUCUAAUUGCAGUGAAGAUUAAAAAAUUAAAAAAGUGUGUUUAUAAAUUAAAACUAAAAAUUAUUGUCAAACAAAUGUCUAAUUUUUAUUUUAUACUUAUAAAUCUUAUAUUAUUAUAUAAAUAUAGUUUUCUUAAACAUUUUUUAUUUUAA